UUUGGCUGUUUGAUCAUCUGGCCCUGCUGGGUCAGCUCUGAUCAGCAUGGCCGGCCGCGUCCCACUGCUCCAGGGCCUCGUCCUCCUCCUCCUCUCCCACCAGGCAGAACUGUCAGUGUUCAUUCCGGCCUCAAGCGCAAACCAAGUUCUGCUCAGGUGGAAGCGUGCUGGCUCCUACAUCCUGGAGGAGCUCUUCGAGGGCAACUUGGAGAAAGAAUGUUACGAAGAGAUCUGUGUGCAUGAAGAGGCCAGAGAAGUGUUUGAAGAUGAUGCCGCCACGGGUGCAUUCUGGAGAGAGUACAGGGGCGGCUCCCCGUGCAUCUCCCAGCCCUGCCUCAACAACGGCUCGUGCCACGACACCAUCCGCAGCUUCACCUGCACCUGCUCGCCAGGCUUUGAGGGCAGGACCUGUGCGCUGGCUAAGAACCGAUGUCAUCCAGAGAGGCCCGAUGGGUGCCAACACUUCUGCCACCCGGGGGAGGCGUCCUACACCUGCAGCUGCGCAGAGGGCCACAAGCUGGGCAAGGACCGGAGAUCGUGUGCUCCACACGGUGAUCCCCCCCUCCCGUGGGGGCGGCUAAGUGCACAGUGGCACACACCUGUAACCCUAGAGCAGUGCGCGUGCGGGGUCCUGACUUCCCAACACGGCAAGACGGCAGACAGCAGCAGGCUGCAUCUGCCCCACUUCCCUUGGCAGGUCAAACUGACAGAUUCCCAAGGGAAAGGCUUCUGCAGUGGUGUCCUCAUCCAGGAGCGUUUCAUACUGACAACAGCACAGUGCUCACUGUCACACAGAAACAUCAGUGUCAAAUCAAGUCCUGCCGGGCCAGGUGAGGCCCCGUGGACGGCCAGGGUCAGGCGUGCUCAUGUGCACACACACUAUGACGCAGAGUCAGGCCAGAAUGACAUCUCCCUGCUGGAGCUGGAGCGGCCUGUGCGGUGUCCCGGAUCGGGGCUCCCCGUGUGCACCCCUGAGCGGGACUUUGCCGAGCAGGUCCUUGUCCCAGGGACAGUGGGUGUCCUCAGUGGCUGGACGAUCAAUGGCACCAAUCUGGGCGACAUGCUCAUGACCCUGCCGGUCACACAGGUGGAUGGGGAAGAGUGUGACCGGGCCCUGAAUGUCACAGUCACCACCCGGAUGUGCUGUGAGAGGGGCCGCACAGUAGCCGGGCCGUGGGCGGCAGGAAGCGUGGUCACCAGAGAACACAAGGGCACCUGGUUCCUCACGGGGAUCCUGGGCUCGUCGCCACCAGCACAGCCGCAGGCAGCCACGUUUCUUGUCAUCAAGGUCUCGAGAUACACGCUGUGGUUCAAGCAGACAAUGAGAUGACCAAGACUGAGCCAGAAAGGGUAGGUCACGAGGCAGAGCUCCACACAGGGAGACGAGAACGCUUCGCCCCACGGCACUGCAUGUCAGCAUGAGGCUGUGCUUCUGAAUCACCACUGAGAACAUGGACAUUCCUUUUCUUGGAGGUUUCAUCUAAACCAAGACCUUAGAAAAAAACUAGAUACAUUAAGGAGUAAAACCAUCAGUCGUAAACCA